AUGAGAGGAAGCGACGAUGAAAGCGAGGACGGAGAUCCUUUUUGCAAAAUAUGUAAAAGGGAUGUGGAAGAAAAUGAACAAGGCCUGUUUUGUGAAGGAAAAUGCCAAUCCUGGUUCCGCUUGAAAUAUCAUCAGGAAGAGUCGGUUAGAAGGAGAGAAGAACAAUCUGCUGCUCUAAAGAUGCCUCCAGCAGUCGACUUAUUGCACCCCAGCCCGGAAAACCAAAGGAGGGCCCACAAAAAGAAGCGUUUGGUACAGCAUCCGAACAGCUACUUUAUGGACGUUAAAUGCCCGGGCUGUUACGCCAUUGCGACAAUCUUCUCACACGCCCAGAGCGCUAUAGCAUGCAAGGGUUGUUCCACCAUCCUGUGCACAUCCACCGGAGGCAAAGCUAGAUUAACAGAAGGAUGCAGUUUCAGACGUAAACAGGAUUAAAUUCAAUAAUUAUCUUAUAAUUUAAGCUUUGUUUUUAAUAAAUCCU